UGAGCAUAGAGCUUAUCGCAUGACGCCGGUGGGAGUGUCUGCUCGUGUAUUUCAUAUCUGAGGAUUGACAGUUCAUUUCAGCAGAGGAUCAACCAUGGCAAGUAACAGAAAGGUAUCACUGGUGACGGGGUCCAACAAGGGUGUGGGGUUUGCCGUCGUCAGAGCAUUGUGUAAAAGCUACGAAGGGGACGUCUUCCUUACAUCUCGGGAUGUAGGUCGUGGGCAGGCGGCCAUCGCUGACCUAAACAAGGAAGGCUUGCAGCCCAAGUUCCAUCAGCUGGACAUCAACGACCGGUCAAGCCUAGAGCGACUGAAGUCCUUCCUACAGACAACCUAUGGGGGAUUGGAUGUUCUGGUCAACAAUGCCGGAAUAGCAUACAAGGAUGAUGACCCUGCCCCUUUCUCGGAACGUGCUGAAGUUACGUGUAAGACUAACUUCUGGGCCACCCUGGAUGUAUGCCGUGUGCUGUUCCCCCUGCUCCGACCUCACGCCAGGGUUGUGAACGUCUCCAGCAUGUCAUGUCAGUCUGCCAUCACAAAAUGUUCUCCCGCUGUUCAAGGUCGCUUCAAGGACCCCUGCCUGAUGAUGGACGGUCUGGAGAAGAUCAUGCAGGAGUUUGUUGAUGCUGCCAAGGAAAGUACUCACCAGGACCAGGGCUUCCCCAACAUGCCGUACGGAAUGUCCAAGAUAGGGGUCACUGUCAUGUCCUUCAUCCAAGACAGAGAAAUCAGGAAGGACUCAAGAGAGGACAUCGUCAUCAAUGCGUGCUCUCCAGGGCGUGUGGCAACUGACAUGACCAGCCAUAAAGGAACGAAGACCAUCGAUGAAGGUGCAGACACCCUGGUGUAUCUGGCUCUCCUUCCCCUCAACACCACAUCCCCGAGAGGCAGCUUAGUCGCAGACAGGACAAUCCAGAACUCGGGAUGACCUCUUUCAAUACCAGAAAGUGAUGAGCACCUGUACAUUAACACGACUACAGAGCUCCAGAUAACCUUUUGAGCAAUUGCGUGUUUACUCGAAGGUUUCUAUUUUAAUUGGGUUAUUACAUUUUUCAUUGGGUAACCAAUAUUUUUUCACUCAUCUAUUCAUCACUAUUGU